UCGGGCUUUUUGCGUCGCCGGAGCUCCCGAAAUCAAACCAACGUCAUCACUUGGUAGAGGGAAGGGCUGACGUCAGAAAAUAGUUACCAAAAGGAGAGGGUAUGAGCGGGAGGGGGAGCGGCAGAAGUAGAGAAUUUCACCAUUGCUAACAUUGAAUCCCCCUCGUCCACCCUUCCCUCUAGCCCCCCUUCUCCCUACUACGUCGGUGUUGGCGCGUUGGGAGCCCCCCUUCAUCACCGGAAUCCCGGCCUAUAUAACUUACUCGAGAGCAGAGUCCCUCCACCAGAUUUACGGGAUCCGGACAUCUGGGCGAGAGACGGCUACUACAGCCGCCGAAUCACUCACACUCUGAACGGGGGGAGAUACAUUCAACGGUUAGCCAGCAACCUUGCUGGACGCUGUGGCGGAACCGAAGAGGAAAAAAAUAACUGAUAGGAGAAGGUCUGAAGCCUUACUCUGGAACGAGCUGAGAUGAAAGUCCAAUAGUACUACGACAAGGUUAUUACUACUAGCCUAUCUCUGACACCUCAUCUUGAGGGAAAGAUACCCAGACCUCAUCAGACGUCACGGUCAAUACUAUUCCGUUGAGUUACAAUUUCAACCGCAGGGAAUUUAGUCAAUCACUAUAACAGGCUACAAUGUAUCGAUCAACGAAGGGAGCGUCAAAGGCUCGGAGGGACCAAAUCAACGCGGAGAUUCGGAACCUGAAGGACUUGCUUCCUAUCUCCGAUGCAGACAAGGCACGACUCUCAUACCUACAUAUCAUGUCCCUUGCCAGCAUGUACACCAGGAAAUCGGUCUUCUUCUCUCAAGAAUCGGGAUCUGCUGGCAGUCUCGAGGAAAGCGCGAGGUUCCUGUCUUUCCACGAGCUGUCGGAGCUGGUGCAGGAGCUACCUGGGUUUCUGCUGCUGUUGACCGGGGAAGGCAAGCUGCUCUACCUGUCAGACAGCGUCUCCGAGCACCUCGGCCACUCCAUGGUGGAUCUGGUUGCCCAGGGUGACAGUGUGUAUGAUAUCAUUGACCCUACUGACCACUUCAUCAUGAGGACCAACCUGGCCCCUCCUACUUCACCUGACACAGAUCGUCUAUUCCGUUGUCGUUUCAACACUUCCAAGUCGGUGCGCAGGCAGAGUGCUGGGAACAAGCUGGUUCUGAUCCGGGCGCGCUGCCUGUCCCCUCCCUCCUCCUCUACCACCCCAAGCACCUACUGGACAUCCAACCCUGUUUGGAUGUGCUUCUGUUCCCCUCUGGAGGCCGUCCCCACCCGCUCUGGCCCCGGGGGGGACCACGUUCCUGCUCUUAUCCCUCCUGCUGCUGAGAACAACUUCUUCCUAGCCUCGUUCCAGUCUCAACACAGCCGAGACAUGAGGCUCCAGAAUGCACAGGACAGUGUCAGUGUUUACCUAGGCCUCGAUGUGUCAGCCCUGAGGUCUCGCUCCUGGUACAGCCUCCUCCACCCACAGGACCUGUCACACGCCUCUGCUCAGCACUGCAGCCUGUUGAGAGAAGGAGGAGAAGGUAGAUCUGAGAUGGUGGUACGGGUGGAGUCUGCAGACCAGUCCUGGGUCUGGCUUUACAUGGUACUGCAGCUGGAGGCAGGAGACAGCCCCAUCAGCAGCAACAACUACAUACUUAGUGAGGCGGAGGCGUGGUCGGUGAGACAGCAGCUGAGCACAGAGCAGACCCAGCUGACCCUGGUACUGAGUACCAGUACCUCCCGCCAGGACAGCUUGAGCCUGUCCAGCCCAGACCAAGUCUUCACCCCCAGCAGCAGUGGCCUCUCAGCCCAGUCCUUUGACUUCAGCAUGACUGUGUCGAGUGUGGGCUCCUCCGAUGAGACAGGGGGCACCACCACCGAACCCAUGCAAGUGGAGGGCGACCCUCGCUCUAGUAUUUCCUCUAUUGAGGAGGAGAGCUUCUUCCAGCAGCAGCAGAUGCCUGCCCCUGUCCAAAGCCCAUCUGCUGCCUCCUCCCCCACCCCGGUUACCGUUGCCACGGUAGCAGACCUGGACUUCCUCACUCAGAACAUUCUCCUGCCCCCCUCCUUCCAGCUCGAACCUCCGCUGCCUGCCCUUCCCCUGCCCCUCCCCCCAGUGCCCACCUCCCAGGAGCAGCAGACCAAAGAGUUUGUGUGCACGCCCCCCUACACACCCCAGCUGGGCGGUGGCAGCUUCCUGUUCGGCGAGCCCCUCUUUAGCUUCGACCCCACUGGCACCACCACCCCCCCUCCCUCCACCACCACAGCUACAGCCACCACCUCCAUUGCCACCUCCCUCUCUCCCUCCGCCCCACCCGCCCCACCCACCACAGCCUCCAGUCCUGCUCCCCCCUCCUCCCUGUGCCUCACUGGCCCCUCCACCGACCUGUUCUUCCCUGCCGAUCCCUGCAGUGGCUCUCUCUAUGAGAAGCUACCCCCCACCCCUGACAGCCCUGGGGAUGGGGACUGCACAGUGAUGACCUUACCUGAGGUUCGGGGACCCCUGUAUGUAGAUGUCCCUUUAGGGCCCCUUCACUACCCCCUCGAGGGCCUCCUCACCCCAGAGGCCUCCCCCGGUAAACAGCCCUGUCUCUCUUUCUUCUCCCUGGAGAGAGAGAGGGAGAAGGAGAGAGCAGAGAUCUCCCUCUUAGCUCAGCAUAUCAGCUCCUUAGCAGAGGGAUUCUACCUGGAUCCUCUCUUAUCCAAGCUCUCCCCUCCUUCCAUGUCCCCCUCCUCCUCCCCUCCCUCCCCCUCCUUCUCCCCAUCCCUAGACACCGCUGGUGUUGACUCUAGCCACAUUCUGGGAGAGUUUUACCCUGUUAAAGCGUGGAGAGGCCUGGACUUCCCCAUAUUCCAUGAUGAUGACUCUCUGUUUGAAGAGAGCAUCUUAGAAGCCCUUCUCCAGGACUUCUCCACCCCUCCGCCCCUCUCCCCCACCCCCUCCCUCCCCCCGCCCUCUCCCCCCAACCCAGUGUGCUGGCACUCACCCUCCCACUUUGAGGGGGUCAGCCACUUCUGUAGCGUCCAAUCGGCGCACUGUAACCCCACGGCCGGGUGUGGGGUGAUGUUGGCCGGCGAAUCCGGGGCGAUGGCAGAAGUGGAGGGGCUGGCGGAGGAGCCUAUGGAGAUUGAGGUGGCGUCAUCACCUCUGUCCUCCUUCUCCUCCAUCCCAGCAUCCCCUCCCCUGCGACUCACUGCCUCCCCCACCUCCGCCCCCUCAACGCCCGUCGACCCCUCUACACCCGCCGUGCCUUGCGCUCAGUCCCUCCUGGAGGAGCUGGCCGCCCUGGAACCCAUGUUUGGGGCCGGUGCCUCGAUCGCCCCCGGCUUGGGUCAACAACCUGAGUUGUAUCAACUCCAGUGUCACCAGCCGCCACAGUGCUUCCACAAAGGUGAGAAUCAUCCAGUUCACUUGUUCUACCGUCUUUCUCUGUUUGAGAAAUGAAUUAAGAUGUUUUAAACCUGAACAUACCAGACUAAUGACCCCUUUCUCUUUGUCUCUUGUGUUUUUCAGA